AUGGCAGUUGAUGCCUCAUUCUUGCUCGAGUUCCUUCAGGUUUAUGCCAUCGAAGAAGGAUCAAAAGUACCUCGGGUUUCCUCAAGGUUUAUGUCUCAUUUGGUAGAUUAUGCAGGGAAGAAAUCGGCUCAUAAUGCAAUUUUGAGAGACUUAGUAAUGCCUGAGAAUCAACUUCCCUUGUUUGUUUCGAGAGAGAUGUUGGAGUUCAAGUUCACAUCUUUAGAAGAUGCAGAUGACUUACUUUUUUUAAUGGUUAUAGGAUUGUUCAAAGAGCUUUCUCCUUUCAAGCUGAUGGAUGAUCAUCCAAACGUCCAAGUCUCAGAAUGUGCUCACUUGUUGGAUUUCUUUUAUGACAUGAUUGUGCCAAAAUUGGAACAACAAUCUGAUAUAGUCGAAGUUGACGAGGCUCAUCAACUUGAAGAAGAGCAAGAAGAGAAUGAAAAUCCAACCUCAAAUCCAAACCAUGUUGAGAGAUUCCUAGUGAGCUCUGGAAGUUGCUUUCAAAAUAAACAAAGGGCCAAUAAAGAAGAAGAAGAAAAACCAGAAAAUGGGGAUUCAAGCUCGAAUAGUCUUAUUAAUAGAUCACCAUUAGUAGAGGAAAUUGCUAUUCCAUCAGUUUCAGAACACUUUGAUUCAGGGGUUCGUUUCUUACCGACAAAUAAAGGCAUAUCAAGCAUUGCUUUUGACACAAAAACGCGCACAUUUCACCUUCCCACCAUUAAUCUAGAUGUCAACACUGAAGUUUUGUUGAAAAAUUUAGUUGCAUAUGAAGUAUCAGCAGCUUCAGGCCCGUUGGUUGUGACAAGAUACACUGAACUGAUGAAUGGGAUUAUAGAUUCUGGGGAGGAGGUGAAGAUACUGAGAGAAAAAAGGGAUUGUUCAGAACCAUUUGAAGAGUGA